CAUCCCAUGUAAAUGAAAUCACGACUGUAAAAAGAUACAAAAAGAACGAGACUUGAAAUAGCGAAGAAGAGAAGAGACCCUUCACUUCCCUCGCAACCCAAUUCUCUAUUGGGAUCGCUUUUGUCUAAUUCCGUUUCCAUCUUGAUCUGUUCUCAUUAUUUUCAAUAAAAGAAAAUGAACUAUAACAAGGAAGAGGCGGAUAGGGCGAGAGAGGCUGCAAUAAACAAGUUUUUAGCAAAUGAUUUUGCUGGUGCUAGGAGGUUGGCCUUGAAAGCGCAGUCCUUGAAUCCUCGAAUCGUCGGAAUCACGCAAAUGGUGGCUACUUUCGCUAUGCAUUUAGCCGCGCAGCAUACCGUAAACGGGGAGAUGGACUACUACGGUGUGCUCGGCGUAAAACCUGGGGCCAACGAAGACACAGUGAAGGCACGUUACAAGAAGUUGGCCGCAAUUAUUCAUCCCGACAAGAACAACUCGAUCGGAGCUGGGGAAGCCUUUAAGUUUGUUUCUGAGGCAUGUGAUGCCUUGUCCGAAAAGGCUAGGCGAGCUGAAAGCGAAAAAGACUCGAAGAGGAACUCCGGGUCGCGUGAAGGAGGAGGGUCUUCAUCGUCGUCAAACAAUGGAGUUCAAAAAGCUGCUGCUAAAGGAAAGGCUCCAAAGAGAGGUGUGAAGCGAGCAAGUGAUGCAUAUGCCUCCGCUUCUUCUUCUUCUGCUGCUCCUACUACUUGUGAUGGAACGUUUUGGACUAUAUGCAGCAAUUGCAGGAUACAGUUUGAGCAUCAUCGUGUUUACUUAAACCAGAAACUCAUGUGUAACCACUGUCGUAAGCCGUUUACAGCUGUGGAAACAGCUCCUCCACACCCAGGCUUAAUCCGCACCUUUCACGAUCAUCAGCUCGACUCUAUUCCUCAUUUAACCGACGGAAGAAAGAAGAGUAGAGACAAUAAUAAUGUUGAUCCCCUUGAGUCGGGUGGUGGUGCUGUGUACACUGGAACCAUAACCGCUGCUCAUGGUUCCCAGGCUAUCCCUAGAGAGUCGCCCACCAAAAGGGCGGCUGCUGCUGCUUCAGCUUCAGCUUCUCCAUCCACAAACCCUCCUCCAAAAAGAAGAAAGGUUGUGGAAGCUGGUUCCAACGUAGGAAGCUCUUCUUCUGCUCCUCCUCCCGCUCUCACGUCAAGCGUGAGAGAAUUUUCUAAGGAGGAGCUGAAGAAUGUACUGUUGAAGAAAGCUAAGCCGACAAUCGUCACAAAUCUGCGCGACCUAAUGACCGUCGCUCCUGAAACUGAACAUGUCAACAUGGCCAAUAAUGCAGGUUCCUCCUCACAAGACAAAAGUGGCGCCAUUGAAUCAUUCCGCGUGGGUCCCUUGACGAUAAAGGUUCCUCAUCCAGACUUUUCUGACUUCAACAAGAACCGAACUGAAAAGUCAUUUAGUGACGACCAAAUAUGGGCUUGUUACCCAUCUUCAGAGGGGAUGAUGCCUCGAGUCUAUUUCAGGAUUGACAAGGUCCUCUCCGUUGAUCCAUUCAAAGUGUGCAUCACUAUGCUCAAUACUUCGGACCCGCUUGGUUUAGGUGUUCGAAGAACUUGUGGAGUUUUCACAGCUGGGAGUACUCAAAUCUGCAAGUCACCUUACAUUUUCUCACACAAAGUGGAGGCGGCCAAAGGCGAUCACGGAGAGUUUCUGAUAUACCCAAGAACAGGUGAGGUAUGGGCUCUAUAUAAGAACUGGUCCCAUGACUCUGAAGGAGAGUAUGAUGUAGUGGAAGUGGUUGAAGGAUAUACAGAGGAGUAUGGUGUUACAGUGGUUCCUUUGAUGAAAGUUGCUGGUUUCACUUCUGUGUUUCGCCAUUAUUUGAAUCCCCAAGAUUUCAGAAGCUUCUCAAAGGAUGAGUUAUCAAGAUUCUCUCAUCAGAUACCAUCUCGUUUGCUCCCAGGCCCUGAUGAACUCAGAGGUUGCCAAGAGCUAGACCCAGCAGCAACACCAUCACAGUUUCUUAAGGUGAUUGAUGGAUGACUUAUAGGCGAUAUAACCGUGUUAGUUACUUCUUCAUUUAUACAUUUCUUCUCCAACUUUUUUUUUUUU